AUGUCCGGAAGCCCGAUCCCGCAGCUAGUAAAUAUAUCGCACGCUUUGCAAUCUUCGUUUGUGCAGAAGCUGCGCUCUGAAGUGAAGACGUUCAACGAAACAGAAAAGCUGACGGAUGGGCAAACCCAGCAGAUCGACAAGUACAUCACGUCGCUGGAAACGGCGUUCGCCGAGUUCACACGCGACAACGAGCAUAUCGAACGUAGAGACGCCCAUGUCACAGCCGUAGACGUGCAGUUGUACACUGGGCUCAAAACCAUGUAUGCAGAUUACCUGUCACAACUUAUAAAACUCAAGCAACGCAGCGUCAGUCAAGAAGAAAACGUUGGCGGUGAUCGUCCCGUGGACUACGUGUGCGACGAGCUACCCUAUAAACAGCCUAGUGAGCGAAAGGCAUACAUUGACAAGCUUUUAGCGCAGCCGGAAACAGCCCAGAUCGGCAAAAAUGAUCGCUUGCUUGCCGGGAUUGCAAGCCUGGCGGUCCUCGACUCCACUGUCAAGGAAAACACACAGGCAUAUGCAGAUUUACUACUCAGAAUUGGGUACUCUGUCGAAGAAGUUGACAAGAACAUGCCCCACUAUGAGAAUGGCUCCAUUUCAACGGCCACUGAGGCCAAAACUCCAGAGGUUUCGCAAGCUACAACUCCAGCGGUCACCAAAAAGAAAAUAUCGUUCUCCAAGUACUUAAAGAAGGGUGAUAGUAAUGAUAAUGCCGCCACCAAGCGUUCUUCAGAAGAUGACGAUGGCAUAAAUGAUCAAAGCAAUACAAAACGAAUAAAGACAGACGAUUCAAGCUCGGAUUCGGUUUUACCCUCUAUAUUGAAAACACAGUCAAAUGUUAAGAAACGCAACCCAAUAAGAUUUGUAAGUGAUGAUAAACUUCUGACUGUUUACGGUGACGAACUCCCCACCAAGGGAUUGGUUGUGUCGCCAAAUAAGCUGAAAAAAGUGCUAAAACCAUUCAAAGACGGAGAACCGCGAGAAAUCACAUUCUCUGCAUGGAACAAUCAGAAGGUACGAGAGCUCACCUUUCCUAAGGCUCCUUCUGAUUCAGAUAUAGUAGACACAUUAGGAGGAUUAGUACCGUGCGAGACGCGUGUACCGCUAGGGUAUCGAUUGAACUUCACGACGUUUAGCAAAUCAUUAGCGAAAACUCCUUCGGAACCCACGGAAAUCGAUAGCACCGAUCCAAACUUGUCGCAGAAGCCUCUGAUUGUACGCGCCUUCGGCAAAAACUGUUUUCUUCUACAAAAAGAUCGUGGCGGAAUACCCUACAAGAGGGUGCCUGAAGUACAUGUAAAUGACUACCCUAUUAGGCCGACGUCUUCAUGA